UGCAAAUUCUUCGCGGUAAUUCGACAUCGUACGCGUCUACUACUCCUUUCGCAGCAACGUAAGACGAACGACGAUCGAGAAUUUUGUCGAAAAACUAACGAAAGAGAACGAAAAGUCAAGUUGCGUUGAUAGGAAGAAUUGAUUGGGUCAUCCCCGCGGCAACCAAUGGGCAAACACAAAUGAAAUGGAGAGAAAGUCUGGCUAUGGGUUUCGAGACUACCCUCAGUUGCUUGACCGAUUUCCGCACGCAAUAUCCCCAUCUCGAGACACAUCACGUACACGAUCGAAACCAAGCCGAUUAUCGGCCGGUUACUUAUCGCAAGGAAAUUAACUGCAAUUUUAACGCUGUAUUUUUUCUUAUACCCAAUAAUCAUUUCGAAUAACUUUCGAAGAAAUUGGAGAAGAAAUUUAAUGUAAAAGAGAAAAGACGAAUCAUGGAGGUUUUGUAAAAGGCGGCCUUAAAAACUGAUUAUUAUUAGAGUUAGUUUUUCUGUAUUCUCGAAAUGAGGCUCGUGGGAUUUACGAUCGCCGUGUGUGGAUUCCUCCAAUUUUGCGGUGAAUCUGCGGUUUACGCGCAGAGGAACGUCGUGGGCAAUCGAGGGUCUACAAAGACAAGAGCUGUUAAUCUUUAUCUUAUUAACGACGAAGCCAACAAAGUAGCAAAGAGUAGCAUAAUAGCGGCGUUAGAGACAAUCAAAGAAAAAUACCCGAAUUAUUUGGGCGAAGUUUGGAGCGUUCAAGUGAAUGAAUCUGACGUCAACGAUACUCUCGAUCGUAUCUGCAAACCUUGGGAUUCGGCUGUAAAAGAAGGAGGAACCAGAGUUCCAGAUUUAGUUAUAGACACGACGACAGCCGGUUUAGGGGCCAAGAUAUCUAACUCAUUCACAGCUGCUUUGGGAAUCCCCACGUUAUCCGCUCAAUACGGUCAAGAAGGAGAUCUUUUAUACUGGAGGAACUUAAACACAGACCAGGAAUCCUAUUUGAUUCAAGUGAUGCCUCCGACAGACUUAAUACCAGAAGCGAUCAGACAAUUGUGUAUUCAGUUGAACAUAACAAACGCUGCGAUUCUGUACGAUCAUAAUUUCGUCAUGGAUCAUAAAUAUAAAAGUUUGUUGUUGAACGUGCCAACAAGACACGUGAUCAACGAAGCUUCUCAGCAAGUAAUGGAAAUGAGAACACAGUUGCCUCGUUUACGAGAUUUGGAUAUAGUGAACUAUUUCAUUCUUGGUGAUGAAAAUACCAUCAAUAUAGCUCUGGAAGCGGCGGAAGCUUUAAACUUUACUGGCAAAAAGUACGGUUGGUUUUUAUUGACACCGCAACUUAACGUUUGGCCGAGAUGCGAGUGUAGAAAUAUGAACAUCCUCUUCAUGAAGCCAGAAUUUAACAAGAAAAGCCCGAUAGAGUCGUCUUUGUCAAAACCGGUUAUUUCUUCCGCAUUUUAUUAUGAUUUAAUACAAUUAGGCGUUCGGGCAAUGAAAUCGGCCUUGGAUGACGGAGAAUGGCCAAUAGAACCUCGGCAUAUCACAUGUGACAAAUAUGAUAAAACUAAUACUCCAGAAAGGAAGGUGAACUUUUUUAAUAGGUUAAAGGAAACUUAUAAAAACAUGACACCGACUUAUGCUGGGAUUAAAUGGGGAUCGAAGAAUGGAGAACAUCGGGCCAACUUCGAGAUGUCCAUUCAUUUAGUGGACAUAAAAGAUGGCAUUGUUUCAAACACUAUCGAUAGUGGAUCUUGGAACGCGAGCAUCUCCGCACCAUUGCAGAUAACGAAUAACGACGUGAUGAAUACCACAGCGGUGAAGAGCUACCGUGUAGUCACCAUAAUUCAUCCGCCAUUUGUGAUGUACAAUGAAGAAAACGGCACGUAUUACGGUUUCUGCAUCGACUUGCUGGACGAGAUUAAAGACACGGUAGGCUUUCAGUACGAAAUACGAGAAACGGAGGACAGACGAUAUGGAAGUUUAAAUCCAAAUGGGAGUUGGAACGGAAUGAUGAGAGAGCUGAUCGACAAACGAGCUGAUAUCGCUCUAGGAUCGGUCUGGGUCACAGCGGAGAGGGAGAGGGUGGUCGAUUUCACGGUGCCUUACUACGAUCUGGUCGGUCUGUCCAUCAUGAUGUUGAAAACGAAAACAACCAGCUCGCUGUUCAAAUUCCUCACGGUAUUGGAGAACGAGGUCUGGUUCUGUAUCCUAGCCGCUUACCUCUUUACCAGCGUCUUGUUGUGGAUCUUCGACCGUUGGUCUCCGUACAGCUAUCAGAACAAUCGAGAAAAGUACAAGGACGACGACGAGAAAAGAGAAUUCAAUUUAAGGGAGUGUUUCUGGUUUUGUAUGACUUCCUUGACGCCACAGGGUGGCGGAGAGGCCCCAAAAAAUCUUUCCGGACGACUGGUCGCUGCUACUUGGUGGUUAUUCGGAUUUAUAAUCAUCGCGUCGUACACGGCGAAUUUAGCUGCGUUUCUGACAGUGUCCAGGCUAGAAAUUCCAAUCGAAACGUUGGAGGAUCUCAGCAAACAGUAUAAGAUUCAAUAUGCGCCAGUGAUAAAUUCUUCAGCUUAUAUUUACUUCAAGAGAAUGGCUGCCAUUGAAUGGAAAUUCUAUGACAUCUGGAAGGAAAUGAGCCUUAACGAUAGUUUGUCAGAUGUAGAGAGGGCAAACUUGGCAGUGUGGGAUUACCCUGUCAGUGACAAAUACACGAAAAUGUUGCAAGCCAUGGAAGAGGCUGGAUUUCCAGCUUCCACCGAAGAAGCGCUACGACGAGUUCGGCGUCUUGAUUCGAAUAACGAGUUCGCUUAUAUAGAAGAUUCAACGACCAUUAAGUAUCUUACUAUGACGAACUGUGACCUGAUCCAAGUAGGCGAAGAUUUUUCGAGGAAGCCUUACGCGAUUGCCGUUCAACAGGGAUCGCCAUUGAAGGAUCAGUUUAACAACGCAAUUUUGAUACUACUAAACAAGAGGAAAUUGGAGAAAUUAAAGGACACAUGGUGGAAGAAGAACCCUGACAGAAAAGACUGCGACGCAGAAAACAGUCAAAGUGACGGUAUAAGCAUCCAAAAUAUCGGAGGAGUAUUCGUUGUUAUAUUUCUAGGUAUUAUUUUUGCUUGUUUCACUUUGGCCUUUGAAUACUGGUAUUAUCGACACCGUACGAAGAUCACGAAGAUUAAUCUAAACAGCACAACCAAAGGAAAAGUCACACAAGUAAAACCACUUAGAUUCAACUUACAGCCAGCGCCUACGCACGGUUUUCAGAAUAGCCAACUCAGACCAAGAUUUUGAAUGUGUCUGUGAUAAAAAAAAAAAAAAAGAUAUUCAUGAAUCGAUCAUCGUGUAUUACACAUAGACAUACACCUCAAUGUUUAAUAUUUACCGUUGAUUAAUGUUCAAUAAAAACAUAAAAAGACGAUGGACAAAAAUACCUAAAAAAUUAACAAUUUUCUUUAUUACAGAAGAAAGUCUGGACCAGAAUUAUAAAUGACAUAGAGCUUCAGCGUUUGCAAUGCCUUUAUUUGGUUACUCCCUUUGCGUACAUUACUUCGCGCAGAGAAUACAUAUUCGGAUAUUCUUUCGUUUCUUUUCCCUCAUAUUCCGUUCACUCUCUUCGCAUUACAAUUCACGUACAUUGUUUGUCAUUUUAACUAACCUUCCUCGCGACGUCUUAACAUAUCACCAUUUUUUUUCUUUCUUUUUUUUUUUAAAUAACGUUUUACUCACCCUUUUCCUUCCGCUCUAAAAGGCAUUCGUUUUUUUUUUUUUUUUUUUUUUUCUAAUAACGUUGCUCUCACGUUUUCGUCCGCUUAUCCGCUUUUUCGCCGAGGUAGGCAUAGUAUUUUGUUUUCAAGUUAUACGGUUCUUUUUUUUUUUUUUAUAUACAUAUAUAUUUUUUGUUUUUCCUCACAUGUACGCUUUCAAUAAUAUUUUCCGAUAUUCUCUCUGAGGGAGCAUUGGAAAAGCAUUGGAUACUCUGGGUUUCUUUAAAACGUGGGAUCUGGUGGAUGAUGGAAUUGGGGGACAGGGUAUUAAUCAUCUAGGAUGUUAAAUUAUAAUUAGGGGGAUAUAAUUAAGAUAAUCCAUUAAUAGUUACGAAAAAAACAACAAGAAAAUAGAAUAGUACUUCGAUGGUUCUCGGUUUAAUAUCGUGCGGCACUUUUUUUUAUCCUUUUUAUUUAUACUUAUAAGUACUCCGUCCUCGAAUAUUACUCUUUUGGCUUGAUCUUCUCUUUCUUUAUUCUUUUCUUUAAAUUAAUUCCAUUCUUUUUUUUGGCAUUUUUUUUUUCUUAGUUACAUUUUAUUUUCAUUUUUUUCUCUCUUUCCUGCAAUGCAUCAAAUGCAAACACACAGUGAACGCCUGCACAUCAGAUGAGAAACAAAAAAAGGAAAACUGCACGCUACAAUUCCUAGAAAAAUCAGCGCACUAAUUAUAUAUAUAUAUCUUUUUUUUUCGUUUUCGUUUCUUUCUCCUCGAAAAAGUUCACAUAAAAUUAUCAACAAGCUACAAACGAAAUCUCAUUGACUACGUUCUCCAUACUUCUCUCCUUUUUCAUCGCAUGCGCCCUCAUCGUUAAACGCUGCGUAAACAUAUACACCUUUUUUUUCUUUCUCUAUUUCAUCCCGUUUCUCUUUCUGCCUUUUGUUUAUCAAAGGAUUAAUAAUAAUUAUCUAAAUGAACGUUUAAUAUUUCUCUCGUCUCGCUUUGCUCGAGUUGCAAUCAUUAUUUAUUUAUUUCUUUUAACUCUUUGUUCAACGACAACGGGGGAUACAUUUUUUUUUUUUUUUUCAUUUAACGGCACCAUCUUGGAUACAUGCAUAACAAAUUCCACAUGCCAAGAGGCCCCCCAAUGUCAUAUUUUUACUUUUUCUCUUUUCUUUGUUAACAAUUUGCGUCUU